AUGGCUUCCGGUCUUCCUAUCGCCACGGUAUACGUGCGAAACCUCGAGGAGCGCGCCAAAGUCGACCAGCUGAAGGAUGCGCUGCUUCAGAUCUUCUCCGAUUACGGCAAUGUAAUUGACAUUGUCGCCAAGACGAAUCUCAAGGCAAAGGGCCAGGCUUUUGUCGUCUUUGACGAUCCCGAGGCUGCGCGCAAGGCCAUCGAGGAGGUUCAGGGAUUCGAGCUAUUCGAGAAGCCUAUGCAGCUGGCCCUGGCCCGGACGAGGAGCGACGCGACCGUCAAGUCGGUAGGCAACGACGACGAAUUUGAGCUUCACAAGCGCCGCCGCUUGGCUGAAAAGGAACGGUUUGCUGACCCUGUCCUCUCAUCACCAACAGACAAGAAGAAGGCGUUCGAGGCUGCCGAGGAGCAGAAACGUCUCAAGAGACCUGGCCCUGGCGGUGCACCGGCAGCAGAUGCCCGUCCUGCCAAGGCUGCUCGUGGAACUGGUCUCAAGUCCACAAAUCCCUCUACCACAGCAGUCAUUCCCGACGAAUAUCUGCCCCCGAACAAGAUUCUCUUUGUACAGAACUUGCCCGACGACUACGACAUCGAAGCUGUUACCAGUAUCUUUGGCCGUUUCGAGGGUUUCCGUGAGGUCAGAUUGGUGCCUGGACGCCGCGGCAUUGCCUUUGUAGAGUACGAGGGUGAGCAGGGUGCCAUUACGGCGAAGGAGAACACGGCGGGCAUGGUGCUGGGAGACACGCACACGAUCAAGGUCACAUACCAGCGCCAGUAA